AGAAUGGAGAAGAUCGAGCACGCAACUGUUCGCACCAACGGCAUAAACAUGCAUGUGGCGUCCGUCGGCGACGGCCCUGACACGGUCCUCUUCAUCCAUGGCUUCCCGGAGCUCUGGUACUCGUGGCGCCACCAGAUGGUGUCCCUCGCAGCCCUCGGCUACCGCACCGUCGCGCCCGACCUCCGGGGCUACGGCAACACCGACGCCCCGCCAAGCGUGGAGUCAUACACGGCGUUCCACGUGGUGGGGGACCUGGUGGGGAUGCUGGACGCGCUGGGGAUCGGGCGCGUGUUCGUGGUGGGGCACGACUGGGGGGCAAUGAUCGCCUGGUACUUGUGCCUGCUCAGGCCCGACCGAGUGAAGGCGUUGGUGAACACGAGCGUCGCGUGGUUCCCAAGGGAUCCGGAGAGGAAGCCCGUCGAGAAGAUGAGGGCGAUGUUCGGAGAUGAUUACUACGUUUGUAGGUUUCAGGAGCCUGGAGAGGCUGAAGAGGACUUUGCAAAAGCCGAUCCUGCCAAGCUUUUUAAGCUAUUCCUUGCCGGCCGGGAUCCGAGCCCGCCUAUCGUGACUAAGGACGUGGGAUUCUCAGGAAUGACCAAAUUAUUUGAGGACCACCAGGUCGACCUGCCCUCCUGGCUAAGCGAGGAUGACAUCAAUUUCUAUGCCGCUCAAUUCAGCCGGACCGGCUUCACCGGAGGAUUGAACUACUACCGUUGCUGGGACCUAAAUUGGGAGCUAUCGGCAUCGUGGACCGGAGUGCCAAUCGAAGUGCCAAUGAAGUUCAUAGUGGGGGACUUGGACCUCACCUAUCACAUCCCUGGUGUGAAGGAGUACAUCCAUGGCGGUGGGUUCAAGCAGGCAGUGCCCAACUUGGAAGAGGUAGUGGUGAUGGAAGGAGUGGCUCAUUUCCUCAUGCAAGAGAAGCCUCAAGAAGUCACUUCUCACAUUCACAAUUUCAUCAAGAAAUUCUCAUCCCCAUGA